AAAAACAGGAAGGGGGUGGAAGCAGGCCAUGGAAAAUUCAUUGCCAGGAAAGGGAGGCCAGCAUCUGGUUUGCAUUAGGCUGAGAGAACUUCGAAUGAGAGAUAUUGUUAUCCACAGGGCGGGUGGGGUGUGACGACACUGGGUAGAGAACUGGCAGCUUCUUCCCAGCUGGGGCUCAGAGGCUGACACAGAAAGAAGAGGGAAGGCGAGGGAGAAGGAAAUAGGAAACUCAAUUCAGUCUACACUGCAGCAGACACCUCACAAAUUCUUUGUUUGUCAUGACUUCACAGAGCAGAAUUGUUCUCAUUUUAUAGAUGAGGGAACUGAGGCCCAGAAAGGUUAAGUGACCUGCCCAAGGUCACACAGCCAGCUAGUGAUAGGGCCAGGAUCAAACAGGCUUUUUUCAACAUUCCAGCCUGGGUGGGGAGGGGACAAACAGCCCCAUCUACAGGCCUCGUUGAAGCCUGGGCCUCAGGCAUAGAGGAGAUAGUCUCAACCAACCCUCAGGUGUCUCCCCUUCCCUGGCCCAGAGCCUGGCCCCCAGCGUCAUCUUCUGCCCGCUGAGCCGCAGGAGUUAAUAAUUACAGGGUUUCAGAAGAUAGAGGCCUGUCAGGGAGGUGCCUCCCUUCCAGCCCACUGCUCCUCAGAGAUAGCAAAGGUUAACAUGAGGCUCAGCCUGGGGGUGGGGAGAAGGCUCCUGCACCUGCCCACUGGGCUGUCUCCAGAGGGACCCUCAGCCUAGCCCUCCAGACAUGGACUGUUCGAAGGAGCCUACCAGGUGCCCCGCCAGAGGGAAGUGUCCCGUGUUCCUGGCCAUGAGCUCAGGGGCUAUCCACUAUGCCCCAUCAGGCCUGGGCCCUGUACUUGAGGGGAACUUGGGAGAGGAGCCCUGGGACACAAACAGCCAGCCCCCUGCGGAGGAGGGCCACCCGCCACCCCUUGGGGUUGUCCCAGGCCCCUGGAAGAGCGUCAGCCUCUGCAAAGGCCGCAGGGAGUCCCAGGGAACCCUGUCAGACACCUCUGCAGGGGAGGAGGCCCAAGGGGAGGAGGGCCCUGCCGCCGCCCAGCUGGACGUGUCCCGCCUCCGAAGCUCUUCAGUGGAAAUCCGUGAGAAGGGCUCAGAGUUCCUGAAGGAGGAGCUGCACAAAGCCCAGAAGGAGCUGAAACUGAAGGACGAGGAGUGUGAGCGGCUGUCCAAGGUGCGGGAGCAGCUGGAACAGGAACUGGAGGAGCUGACAGCCAGCCUGUUUGAGGAAGCACACAAGAUGGUUCGAGAAGCCAACGUGAAGCAGGCAGCAUCAGAGAAGCAGCUGAAGGAGGCACGGGGCAAGAUCGACAUGCUGCAGGCAGAGGUGACAGCCUUGAAGACCCUUGUCAUCACAUCCACACCAGCCUCCCCCAACCGUGAACUCCACCCACAGCUGCUGAGCCCCACCAAGGCUGGGCCCCGAAAGGGCCACUCUCGCCACAAGAGCAGCAGUGCCCUCUGCCCAGUCGUGUGCCCUGCUGCAGGACAUGCCCUCGCCCCGGACAGGGAGGGCAAGGAGGUGGACACGACCCUGUUUGCAGAGUUCCAGGCUUGGAGGGAGUCACCCACCCUGGACAAGACCUGCCCUUUCCUGGAAAGGGUGUACCGGGAGGACGUGGGCCCCUGCCUGGACUUUACCAUGAGGGAGCUCUCGGCACUGGUGCGGGCUGCCGUGGAGGACAACACGCUCACCAUCGAGCCCGUGGCUUCACAGACGCUGCCCACAGUGAAGGUGGCUGCGGUCGAAUGUGGCAGCACCAACACGUGUGCCCUGAGUGGGCUGGCCCGCACCUGCCGCCACCGCAUCCGGCUUGGUGAUUCUGAGAGCCACUACUACAUCUCGCCGUCCUCCCGGGCCAGGAUCACAGCAGUGUGCAACUUCUUCACCUACAUCCGAUACAUCCAGCAAGGCUUGGUGCGGCAGGAUGCGGAGCCCAUGUUCUGGGAGGUCACGAGGCUGCGGAAGGAGAUGUCGCUGGCCAAGCUAGGCUUCUUCCCCCAGGAGGCCUAGGGCGUGGCCUGGCCUGGAGGGGGGCUCUAAGCUGGAGCAGACACCUGCCUCAGGAUGGACAGACAGACGGACAGGAAGACAGAGUCCUGGAGCCCGCCCUGAGUCAGAAGCCAAACAUCUGCCCCAGAACGGACAAAUGGCAGGCUCCGGAGGCAGCACUGAGCCAACACCAAGCACCUGUCCCAGGACAGACAGAAGCGACCCUUCUCUCUUCCCCACUGGGUUUCACAACCCACCGGAGUCUUUCAGAAAGCAUCAAAGAUGGAGGAGCUGGGAGCCAUACUCAGUGGGCUCAGCCCUGGGAGGGGCACCAGGGGCAGCCAGCACCUCGCCUGGGUCCUGGUGCCUUGUCGCUGCCACGUCCUCAGAGAGGGAGCUGCCUGGGGGUGGCCAGAUCCCCUGGGUAUCCUGUACCCUGGCUCCCAAGCCUGGGCCACAAGUAUCCCUUUGUGGCCAUCCCUUACCCCAUUCUCAGGUGGCCUCCCUGUUGGACUGACUGCCCCAGACCAGCCCUGGCCUUGCCUGUGCACUUUCCCAGUGUCCCCUGCUGUCUCAGGUGCCAGCGAGGCAGCAGUGCUGGGAUGGGCAGGCAGGACCUCCAUACCCUCUCCACUCCAACCUGUGUAUGGUUGAGAACUGCCCCUAGACGUUCUUAAGAUGAGUCAGGACCCCUCCUUCUACCCUCCCCCAGUCUCCGCCUUGUGCUUCCAGGAGGCCCCGGAGCGCUUUUUCUCCCUAAGGACAAGCCUGUUUUCAGCAGUGGGUGGCCAUGCAGACAAGGGGGGCUGAGGUCACCAGGCUUGCAGGAGGCACCGGGUGGGGUGGGCAGGACCUGGGCCCCACCUCACCCUCAGCCCACUCGGGCCCAGGGUUAGGGGCUCCAGCCUGGACACAACCCUCACCACAUCCGGAUUUCCUUCUCUGAGUGGAAUGUAACGCGAUCUCUAUUUAAUAAAGGGUGGCUUUGUUGGUA